AUGGCCGAGGAAAUGGUUUACCUCCACGGCGACCUUGACCUGAAGAUCAUCGAGGCCCGCAGCCUCCCCAACAUGGACAUCCUCACGGAGCGCCUCCGCCGCCUGUUCACCACCUGCCACCAGCCCUGCGCCCCGACCAAGCGCCGCCGCAAACACCACAACAACAUCAUCACCAGCGACCCCUACGUCACCGUCUGCCUCUCCGGCGCCCGCGUCGCCCGCACCCGCAUCAUUUCCAAUUCCCAGAACCCCGUUUGGAACGAGCAUUUCAAAAUCCCCUUAGCUCACCCCGUUUCACAGGUGGAAUUGGAGGUGAAAGAUAACGACAUGUUCGGAGCCGACCUAAUCGGCGUGGCGGCAAUGCCGGCGAAGAAAAUCGCGUCCGGCGACCUAAUCGACGAGUGGAUAACAGUUGUGGGCCCGUCCGGUAAGCCUCACAAACCCGACACCGCAAUCCACCUCCAGAUGACUUUCACCCCUUGCGGAGCCAAUCCUAAAUACCGCAAAGGGUUCUCCGAAGACUACUCCUUAAGGGAGAGCUAUUUUCCCCUGCGGCGCGGGUGCAGGGUUACUCUAUACCAAGACGCGCACGUGCCGGACGGGAUGCUUCCGGAGAUCCAGCUGGACGGUAAGGGAAAUAGAUUCGAGCACGACAAGUGCUGGGAAGAGAUUUGCCAUGCGAUUUUGGAAGCGCACCAUCUUGUUUACGUAACGGGUUGGUCGAUAUAUCAUAAAGUGAGGCUCGUGAGGGAGCCGACAAGGCCUUUGCCGAGAGGGGAGAAUAUGAACUUAGGGGAGCUUUUGAAGUAUAAAUCCGAGGAAGGGGUGAGAGUGUUGUUGCUCGUGUGGGACGAUAAGACUUCGCAUAAUAAGUUCUUUAUUAACACGGAAGGAGUCAUGCAGACUCACGACGAGGAGACGAAGAAGUUUUUCAAGAACUCGUCUGUUACGUGCGUGCUGUCGCCGCGUUACGCGAGCACCAAACUUAGCAUUUUCAAGCAACAGGCAUGGGAGUUCUUAGAUUUGACCAUAAGAGAAAAAUGGAUAUAUAUAUUUAUAUAUGCUUAUGUAGGAAAUUUUGACGAGAAGUAUUCGUCGAUAAUUUUUCAGGUAGUGGGAACUCUCUACACUCACCACCAGAAGUGUGUGAUUGUGGACACGCAAGGACAGGGUAAUAAUCGUAAAAUCACGUCAUUUAUCGGUGGACUUGACCUUUGCGACGGGCGUUACGACACGCCCGACCACCGGUUGUUCCAAGACAUCAAUACUGUUUUCAAGGACGACUAUCACAAUCCCACAUUCUCGCUAGGAACAAAUGGGCCAAGGCAGCCGUGGCACGACCUGCACUGCAAGAUAGAAGGGCCUGCAGCUUACGAUGUGCUCACCAACUUUGAGCAGAGGUGGCGUAAGGCCACUAAGUGGUCCAAGUUUGGGAAGAGGUUCAAGAAGAUUUCGCAUUGGAAGGACGAUGCUUUGCUAAAGGUUGACCGAAUUUCCUGGAUAACUACACCUUCAAACAACCUACCCAAUGAUCAUCCCUCGUUGUGGGAUUCUGAGAAAGAUGAUCCCGAGGGCUGGCACGUGCAGGUGUUUCGCUCGAUAGAUUCGGGAUCGGUGAAAGGGUUUCCGAAAACCGCACAUGCAGCGGAGAAGCAAAACCUAAUGUGUGCGAAGAAUUUGGUCAUAGAUAGGAGCAUUCAGAUGGCAUACAUUGAAGCAAUUCGAUCCGCGCAGCACUUCAUAUACAUCGAGAAUCAGUAUUUCCUCGGCUCGUCUUAUGCUUGGCCCUCCUACAAAAAUGCGGGUGCCGAUAAUUUGAUCCCAAUGGAACUAGCACUAAAAAUAGCUAGUAAAAUAAGAGCGAAUGAGAGAUUCACCGUUUAUGUUGUUAUCCCAAUGUGGCCAGAGGGUGCUCCUAAUUCUGCCUCUGUACAAGAAAUCCUUUAUUGGCAGGGGCAAACCAUGCAAAUGAUGUAUGAAAUUAUUGCUCGAGAAAUUAAGUCUGCUCGGCUUACGAAUGCGCAUCCUACUGACUAUCUAAACUUUUACUGCCUUGGCAACCGAGAAGAAAAUGCAGGGGAGUCGAAGGGAAAUGCCCAAUCCCCUUCAAAUGGAAAUACAGAUUCAGCUUCACAAAAAGCCGGACGGUUUAUGAUUUACGUGCACGCAAAGGGAAUGAUUGUGGACGAUGAGUACGUGAUAUUAGGUUCUGCCAAUAUAAACCAACGGUCAAUGGCUGGGUCGAGAGACACAGAGAUUGCAAUGGGUGGUUAUCAGCCCCAUCACACUUGGGCCAAGAAGAAAGACCACCCACAUGGCCAGGUAUAUGGAUACAGGAUGUCGCUUUGGGCCGAGCACUUGGGGACAGUCGAGAACUGCUUCAAAGACCCAAAGAGGUUAGAUUGUGUAAAGUAUGUGAAUCGUCUUGCGCAGCAAAACUGGAACCGGUACACGGCCCCAAGAUUCAUCCCAUUGCAAGGCCACAUACUUAAAUAUCCAGUUGAGAUUGAUGGUGAUGGGAAGGUGGGGCCCUUACCAAGAUACGAGAACUUUCCGGAUGUUGGUGGUAAGGUCUUAGGGGCCCCUACCAAUUUGCCCGAUGCUCUAACGACAUAAAAAUACAAAAGAAGGUUCGUUUAUUUUUCUGCAGUGUGGCAUAUAUGCGCGAAGAAUGAAGGUUUCGUUGUAAUUUGUAAAUAUUACAUAUACGGAUAAAAAUGUGUAAGUUGUGUAAAAUAUUUUUGAAAUGGUUGUAAAGUUAUUGCUAUGUAACUUUUGGGUUCGUUUUGGUCCACACGGUACGUUUUACGUUUGUAUACGCGGUUUGGUUGUAUAACAUUUCUCUAACGAGAAGAGCAAAAGUCACACAGAUGAAGAAGAAUGAA